AUGCACCAUCUACGAAACGAACUGGGUAUCUUGUCGAUUGGCACAUUUCGACAAAAUAGAACGAGAGGAUGUAUUCUGAAGGAUGACAAAGAAAUGAAGAAGAUGCCUCGAGGAUCGGUGGAUAUGAAAGUUUGUGAGGAAAAAAAAAUAGUUUUAGUGAAAUGGUUUGAUAAUAAAGGAGUUUUGCUAGGUAGUAACUACACCGGCGUUGAACCAAUGGGUGUAUGCAAACGAUAUUUCAAGGAUAAAAAAGAAUAUCGAGAGAUUCCUUGCCCAAACAUCGUAAAAGAAUACAACAAGCAUAUGGGCGGUGUAGACUUAGCCGAUAUGUUAGUGGCUAUUUACCGGACCAUCUACAAAACAAAUAAAUGGUAUAUGCCUAUUUUUUCUCAGCUGUUGGACGUGGCUAUAAAUAAUGCAUGGCUUUUGUACAGAAGGGAAUGUGGCCUCAAGACUGGCGUCGACGAUCAUAUUGCUUUGAAAGCAUUCCGUUUUAAAGUGGCACAAGAAAUGAGUUCAUAUAUUCCAAAAGCACUGGCUGAAAAUGUCGAGCCUCCGAAUCGAGUAAACCAACGCCGCAUAAUUAGCAGGCCUAUCGCAACUCGACCAGAAGCAGAAAGUCGAUAUGACGGUAAAGAGCACUUUCCUAAAAUCACAACAAAAGGCCGUUGUAGACUUUGUGUGAAAGGAAAAACUACUUUCUUGUGCAUAAAAUGUAACAUGCGUCUAUGUAUUCAACAAAAUCGCAAUUGUUUUUAUACUUUUCAUCAAAAAGAACAAGAAACAUAG